AAAAUCAAACUGGCCCUUAGUGCACGUAUAUCGUCCAUCACACGCUGCUGGUGUACGCUCGAACCCGACCCGAAUCCGAAGAUGGAAAAGUCUAUAAAUUUCCUAUAAAAAACCGAUGCAUCUACCCGCGCUGGCUCUGUAGUAGAGAUGGAGAUCCUAACCUCUCCCUCUCCUCUCUCUUUCUCGUCUCCUCCUCUGCUCCGAGGGCUCAAAUCCCAACGACCUAGGGUUUCUCUGCAACGGAGUGAUUUCACUCCCGAUCGCAUUUCAGCUCCGGAGAUUAUCCGGCAUUGGAAUCAGCAAGAAAGUGGAAAAGGAAUGUGUACUGAUGCAGAUUACGCCUUGUUAAUCCGCACGUUGGGUAAAAAUAAAAUGCCUGAUGUAGCUCUGCAGCUCUUCCUCAAGAUGAAAUCUGAAGGCUUUGUACCCAGCUGUACGACCUUGUCAGCUUUGAUGUUAUGCUAUGCAGAUAGUGGCCUUUUUUUGCAUGCCCAGGCCAUGUGGGAUGAGAUCAUCAACAGCUCAUUCGUGCCUGAAAUUGAGGUAGUUUCUGAUCUAUUGGAUGCAUAUGGGAAGAUGGGGUGUUUUGAUGAGGUCCAUAGAGUCCUUCACGAAUUGACUUCCAGGGAUUUGAACAUGUGUCCUGAGAUUUACUCAUUGGCUAUCUCUUGCUUUGGAAAAUAUGGGCAGCUUGCAAUGAUGGAAGCUACAGUGAGAGAAAUGGUUGCAAGUGGCUUCAAAGUCGAUUCCUUCAGCGGGAAUGCAUUUGUGACAUAUUAUAGUUUGUUUGGUUCUCUAACAGAGAUGGAAACUGCGUAUGGUCGUCUGAAAAGAUCGAGAAUCCUUAUAGAGAAAGAUGCAAUUAGAGCAAUGGCAUUUGCAUAUAUAAGCAAAAGGAGGUUUUACAAAUUGGGUGAAUUUUUGAGGGAUGUUGGUCUUGGUCGGCGCAACACAGGAAACCUUCUGUGGAAUUUCCUUUUGCUGUCAUAUGCUGCAAACUUCAGAAUGAAGAGUAUGCAGAGAGAAUUCUUGGGAAUGUUGGAUGCUGGAUUUUCACCUGAUCUUACUACGUUCAAUAUUCGAGCUUUGGCCUUUUCUAGGAUGUCCAUGUUUUGGGAUCUCCAUGUCAGUGUUGAACACAUGAAGCAUGCGAAAGUUGUCCCUGAUCUUGUGACCUAUGGUUGCAUUGUUGAUGCAUAUUUGAAUAGAAGACUUGGGAGAAACUUGUCUUUUGCUUUAAGCAACAUGGAUAUAGAUGGUUUCCCAUCGGUUUCGACUGAUCGUAUGGUGUUCGAGGUCUUUGGGAAAGGAGACUUCCACUCAAGUUCAGAGGUGCUUUUAGAAUCUAAGAGGAAGAGGGAGUGGACGUACUCGAAGCUAAUUGCAAUAUAUCUCAAGAAACAGUACAGGAGUAACCAAAUUUUCUGGAAUUAUUGAAAAGGUGCAUGACCAUGUCGCGCUUUCAACUUUAGGAAAGUUGUGGGUUCUUUAUGUUAGAAGACAACAUUGAUGCAUGCAGGAUCUGGGCGAUGUCAUGUGUAUCUUGAAUCACAGCAUGGUUGUCAUGGUAAACAUUUUGGUUUCCCGAGCUCUGUCUUCUGAAGAAAAGCUUCCACUGAUGAAGCCUUCGCAGAAAUGCUGGUUGCCUUGCUACGAAGAAGGAAAGUUCUGUGUAUAACAUUGAUGAUUACAGGCAGGGUUUAUUGAGCGAAGCAAAGCUUCCAGUUCUUAGGCUUCUGCAUCAGCGUUCAGAGAUCCACAUCUGUCUAGUUUCCUCUCUUGGGUGGGGAGGAUUGGAAGGCUAACAGUGCUGGUGGGGGUCCACCUGUGAACUUUGCAUUAUUGGGAAGAUCAAGGAUACUAUCAGGGUUUGGCUACUGAAAAUGUGUCCCACUGAGUAGGAAAAUUAGGUUUUCUGAUUUCUUAUAAAAAUAAAUAAAUAAAUAAAUAAAUCUGGAUUGCAGCAUGAAUAGUCUUUGCAAAAUAUUUAUUUGUAUUUCUACAUAUUAAAAAAUCUAGUUCCUUGAGUUCUUUCCUC